AUGAAGAGUGAAGACGAGAAUCAGAUCUCGGGAAGUGAUGUUGUGUUUAAUCCUCCCCUUUAUAUACAACGCUAUCAAUUUGUUUUCGAUGUAUUGAGUGAACGGUCGGCAACCAUAGCAAAGGUGGCCGACUUCGGGUGCGCUGAGGGAAAGCUUAUGCGACGAUUCAAAGGCCUGCCAGACAUUGAAGAGAUUGCUUUCAUUGAUUGCGACGAUUUGUCACUCGAAAUGUGUGUCAAUGAGUGCCGACCCCUUCCUUAUGACUAUCUCUUCGCCGAAAGGAAGACACCAAUGAAAGUGAAUGUCUUUAAUGGAAGUGUCGCUCAAAAGGAUAGUCGUCUUAAGAACUUUGAUGCCAUCACUUGUGUGGAACUGAUCGAACAUUUGACACCCGAUGUAUUGACAGCACUUCCCGAUAAUAUCUUUGGUUAUAUUGAGCCCAAAGUAGUGAUCAUAACGACUCCGAACGUCGAAUAUAAUGUAGUAUUUCCUCAGCUGAAGGACUCCUCACGACUCAGACAUUGGGACCACAAGUUUGAGUGGACUCGACAUGAGUUCGACAAUUGGUGCCGAAGUGUUGUUGAGAAAUACCCCGAAUAUAAACACUCGAAUCCAACCAGAAGUAGAGUUUAUCGACUGGCCUUCAGUUUGCAGUUCAACUAA